AUUGUUCAAAGAUCAGAUUGUGAACGUAGCAGACAAUUUCAGACAGUUUACGUAGGCUGUCUUCAGGACAAGUGAAAAAUUGUGACGCUCCGGUUGUCCGAAUAUAACAAUGUGGCAUACCUGUGACAGCCCUGGUCGUGUCCGGCACGCACUCUUUAUUUGGGUGUUUUUGUCCGGGUUCUGGAUACCACCCGCGCAAUUACACCCUCAGUGUUUGGAUUUCAAGCCCCCCUUCCGACCUCCUGAAGCGUUGACAUUUUGCGUCUUGUACAAAGACUUCGGUUGCUGUGAUUCUGCAAAAGACCAGGAACUGAUGUCGAAAUUCUAUCGGAUCAUGGACAACUUUGAUCACAAUGGGUACGAAAAUUGUGCCAGCUACGUACAAAACAUAAUCUGCCAGGAGUGCUCACCUCUCGCAGCACACCUCUAUGACGCAGAAGACGCUAGCACGCCAGUUCGGUCUCUGCCCGGACUGUGCGGUGACUACUGCUCUGAGUUCUGGCUGAAGUGUAGGUCGACCAUUCCCCUGCUAACGGAAGACAUACACAUUGCAAAGGUGGAGCAGGACCAAGGCCAUUUCUGUAAUUACGUGGGUCUGGAAGACGCAGACUACUGCUUUCCUAACCUCCUCAACAACGAGCAGCUGACCAGAAACCUAGGUCAUGUUAGCAGAAACUCAGAAGGAUGUCUGCAGCUGUGCUUGGAGGAGGUAGCCAACGGGCUGAGAAACCCUCUGGCCAUGGUGCACGCCAACGACGGGACGCAUCGCUUCUUUGUGGCAGAGCAAGUGGGGCUGGUGUGGGUGUACCUGCCUGACCGCUCCAAGCUGGAGAAACCCUUUCUGAACAUCACCCAAGCAGUGUUGACCUCGCCUUGGGAGGGGGAUGAGCGUGGCUUCCUGGGGAUCGCCUUUCACCCUAAAUACAAGUACAACAGGAAGUUGUAUGUCUACUAUUCAAUACAGGUGGGCCUUGAUGAGAGGAUCAGAAUCAGUGAGUUCCGAGCCUCGGCCAGCGACAUGAACACUGUGGACCAUGGCUCAGAAAGGAUUAUUCUAGAAAUAGAUGAACCAGCAUCCAAUCACAAUGGUGGCCAGCUGCUUUUUGCAGUGGAUGGAUACCUGUACAUCUUUACAGGGGAUGGUGGCAUGGCAGGGGAUCCAUUUGGGAAAUACGGAAAUGCACAAAACAAGUCUGCCCUCUUGGGCAAGGUCCUGCGGGUUGAUGUGAACAACAAUGACAGAGGUCCAUUGUACAGGAUCCCACCAGAUAACCCAUUCAUGCACGACCAAGGAGCCCGGCCAGAGGUGUAUGCCUAUGGGGUGCGUAACAUGUGGCGGUGCUCUGUGGACCGUGGAGACCCCCUCACCAAGGAGGGAAAAGGGCGAAUCUUCUGUGGAGAUGUUGGACAGAACAAAUUUGAGGAAGUAGACAUCAUCGAGAAAGGCCGGAACUAUGGCUGGCGAGCCAAAGAGGGCUUCUCCUGCUAUGACAAGAAUCUCUGUGCUAACAGCUCUCUGAAUGAUGUCCUUCCAAUAUAUGCAUAUCCACACAAAAUGGGCAAGUCUGUAACAGGAGGUUAUGUCUACCGAGGCUGUGAAUACCCUAAUUUGAACGGCAUGUACAUCUUUGGAGAUUUUAUGAGCGGGCGCAUGAUGGCACUACAGGAGAACAGACAGACCAGACAGUGGGACUACCAUGAGAUUUGCAUGGGCAAGGGGCAGACCUGUCUCUUUCCAGGACUCAUCAACAACUACCACCAGUACAUCAUCUCCUUUGGGGAGGAUGAGGCAGGGGAGCUUUACUUCAUGUCGACCUCGUUCCCAACCGCGACAUCCCCUUCUGGUGUAGUGUACAAAGUUGUGGAUCCAUCACGACGAGCACCACCAAGACAGUGUAAUUACAACCCUCUCCCGGUCAGAACUAAAAGCAACUUGAUCCCAUUUCAGCCCAAAGAAAUAUUGAUAGAAGCUGAAUUAUCACCAAAACACCCAAAACUAGUCCGAGCUCGAGAGCCAGCGCAGGCCCUUCCAAGAGCGGUGGCACCCUCUGCUGUCAGCUCAACAGACUGGCUCCAGGAACUGAUGAACAUGCUGGGGGUGCAAGAUGCCAAGGGUGAUACCAGCCCAGCCCAGACGCAGCAGAAGAAAGACAAGCAUGAUUCUGUGGCCCCACCACAGAAUGGGGACCUGCGGUUGGCUGCGGAUGCGGAGGUGCAGCCUGACCGGGGCAGGGUGGAGAUCUACAUCGGGGGGGAAUGGGGGAUGGUGUGUGAUGACCUGUGGGACGAGAGGAGCGCAGGCGUGGCCUGCCGGCAGCUGGGGUACAGCCGUGCCCUGAAGGCCUCAAAGCAGGCUGAGUUCGGACAGGACGGGAGCCUCAGGGUGCUGCUAGACGACGUGCAGUGUCAAGGCACUGAGCGGACCCUGCUGGACUGUCAGCACGCAGGCAUUGGCAUACACAACUGCGCACAUUAUGAGAGUGCUGGUGUCAUCUGCGGAAAUGCAUAAUAAUUUUGAUGAUGACUAAACUUAUUUUAACAUGGGAAAUUACGAAACAGAUCAAAAAUGUCCUCGCAUUUAUGACAUUUAAUGGGAAAUUAAUUAUGAAAAGAAACACGCUCAACUCCCUCUGAUAAUGAGUAAGACACAUCCAUAGCACAUAAAGUAUCAGAUGAGUCUAUUUGCCAGUCUUAAAUUUUGUCAGAAAAAGUCUGUAGUGUCCUUUAAAAAUAAGGGCAUAGUAUGCACCAAAUGUUACUGUCAGAGUCUACAUACUGAGAGAGAGGUUGGAUGCCCUGGUGGAUUCAUUAAGUUCUUAUUAAUUUUUGCAAGCGUAUACAGGAUAGGAUGCAUUAUGUUCUCUUGAACCAUACAUUUUUAUUCAUCAUCAUUUAUGUGGCCAAAUCAUAAGGCCCAUUUCAACACUUUGAUUUCCUCUCCAAAUUUUAUGGUGGGGUCUGAAUCUAGAGGAAUGUAGCCAGUAAUGUCUUUUAGUAGUCUCUCAGUUUCAUUAACCCCUGAACCCCAAGCACUUAAAAAGGACAUUUCCACCUGGUUUGCACUACUCUUAAAUAAAGCCUCACAACUUUGUGGCAACACACAACAGA